AAAGAGGUUGUUAUCCUGCUACUUGACCAUGGGGCCGAUGUCAACACAGUGGGUGGAAGCUACGGUGUCGCGCUCCAGGCGUCCGCAUAUCAGGGAAAUACGGAGGUCGAUGGUCUGCUGCUGGACCAUGGCGCAGACAUCAAUUCUCGAGGUGGGCGAUACGGCAGUGUACUUCGAGCAGCUUUCCAAGAAGGCCAAAGAGAAGUACUAGAUGUGUUGGUUAAU